CGGGUGGACCCGGCUUCCGGAGCUGUGCACGCCCCCUCCGUGAGCCGGGACCCCUGGCCGCGCGCGCCCCGCACCCUCUCCCCGCCCGACGGGCGCGCGCGCUGGCUCCCGCUCCCGCUCCCGCUGGCGGCGGCGGCGGGGAUUGUUUUUGUUGUCGCUGAGGCCGGAAGAGCCGCGGGAGCCGGGUCCCUGUUCCCGGGCCGGGCGCCGCCGCCGCCCCUUGCUCAGCGCCCGCGUCUCCGCGGCGCCCCCAUAGCGCCAAUAUUCCGGAGAUCAAGCGUUACGCGGCGGCGGUGGCGGGGCCCGGAGCGGGAGGCGCCGGGGACCGCGGCGAGGCAGCCCCCGCCGCCGCCAUGGAGGCGCUGGGACCCGGACCUCCAACCAGCCUGUUUCAGCCACCUCGUCGUCCUGGCCUUGGAACUGUUGGAAAACCAAUUCGACUGUUAGCCAAUCAUUUUCAGGUUCAGAUUCCUAAAAUAGAUGUGUAUCACUAUGACGUGGAUAUUAAACCAGAAAAACGGCCUCGUAGAGUCAACAGGGACGUAGUAGAUACAAUGGUGCGACACUUCAAGAUGCAGGUAUUUGGUGAUCGGCAGCCUGGCUAUGAUGGCAAAAGAAACAUGUACACAGCACAUCCACUGCCAAUUGGACGGGAGAGGGUUGAUAUGGAAGUGACCCUUCCAGGUGAGGGUAAAGACCAGACCUUUAAAGUGUCUGUUCAGUGGGUAUCAGUUGUGAGCCUUCAGUUGCUUUUAGAAGCUUUGGCCGGGCACUUGAAUGAAGUCCCAGAUGACUCAGUUCAAGCACUUGAUGUUAUCACAAGGCACCUUCCCUCCAUGAGGUACACUCCAGUGGGUCGCUCCUUUUUCUCACCUCCUGAAGGUUACUACCACCCUCUGGGAGGGGGCAGGGAGGUUUGGUUUGGCUUUCAUCAGUCUGUGAGACCUGCCAUGUGGAAUAUGAUGCUGAAUAUUGAUGUAUCUGCAACUGCUUUCUACCGGGCUCAGCCUAUCAUUGAGUUCAUGUGUGAGGUUUUAGACAUUCAGAACAUCAAUGAACAGACCAAACCUCUAACAGACUCCCAGCGUGUCAAGUUUACCAAAGAAAUCAGAGGUCUUAAAGUUGAGGUGACCCACUGUGGACAGAUGAAACGAAAAUAUCGAGUGUGUAAUGUGACUAGACGGCCAGCCAGUCAUCAGACUUUUCCCUUACAGCUAGAAAAUGGGCAAGCAAUGGAAUGUACAGUAGCUCAAUAUUUUAAGCAAAAGUAUAGUCUGCAACUGAAAUACCCGCAUCUUCCCUGUCUCCAGGUGGGACAAGAACAAAAGCAUACAUACUUGCCACUUGAGGUUUGUAAUAUAGUGGCAGGACAACGAUGUAUAAAGAAGCUCACGGACAAUCAGACUUCCACGAUGAUCAAAGCCACAGCAAGAUCUGCUCCUGACAGACAGGAAGAAAUCAGUAGACUGGUGAAGAGUAACAGCAUGGUGGGCGGACCUGAUCCAUAUCUUAAAGAAUUUGGUAUUGUUGUCCACAAUGAAAUGACUGAGCUCACAGGCAGGGUACUUCCAGCACCAAUGCUGCAAUACGGAGGCCGGAAUAAAACGGUAGCCACACCCAACCAGGGUGUCUGGGACAUGCGAGGAAAGCAGUUUUAUGCUGGCAUUGAAAUUAAAGUUUGGGCAGUUGCUUGUUUUGCGCCUCAGAAACAAUGUAGGGAAGAUUUACUAAAGAGUUUCACUGACCAGCUCCGUAAAAUCUCUAAGGAUGCAGGAAUGCCCAUCCAGGGUCAGCCAUGUUUUUGCAAGUAUGCACAAGGUGCAGACAGCGUGGAGCCCAUGUUUAAACACCUGAAAAUGACAUAUGUGGGCCUACAGCUAAUAGUGGUUAUCUUGCCUGGGAAGACACCAGUAUAUGCGGAGGUGAAACGUGUUGGAGAUACCCUCCUGGGUAUGGCUACACAGUGUGUCCAGGUAAAAAAUGUAGUGAAGACCUCACCUCAAACCCUUUCCAACCUUUGCCUGAAGAUAAAUGCAAAGCUCGGAGGAAUUAACAACGUGCUUGUACCUCAUCAAAGGCCCUCGGUGUUCCAGCAGCCUGUCAUCUUCCUGGGAGCAGAUGUCACGCACCCCCCAGCAGGGGAUGGGAAGAAGCCUUCCAUUGCUGCUGUCGUUGGCAGUAUGGACGGCCACCCCAGCCGGUACUGUGCCACCGUUCGGGUGCAGACGUCCCGCCAGGAGAUCUCCCAGGAGCUCCUCUAUAGUCAGGAGGUAAUCCAGGACCUUACUAACAUGGUUCGAGAGCUGCUGAUCCAGUUCUACAAAUCCACACGCUUCAAACCCACUCGGAUCAUCUAUUACCGUGGAGGGGUAUCCGAGGGACAGAUGAAACAGGUAGCUUGGCCAGAACUAAUAGCAAUUCGAAAGGCAUGUAUUAGUUUGGAAGAAGAUUACCGGCCAGGAAUAACCUAUAUUGUGGUGCAGAAAAGACAUCACACACGACUCUUCUGUGCAGAUAAAACAGAGAGGGUGGGGAAAAGUGGCAAUGUACCAGCAGGCACUACCGUGGAUAGCACCAUCACGCAUCCAUCUGAGUUUGACUUUUACCUCUGUAGUCAUGCAGGAAUUCAGGGAACCAGCCGUCCUUCACAUUACCAGGUCUUGUGGGAUGACAACUGCUUCACUGCAGAUGAGCUCCAGUUACUAACUUACCAGCUAUGUCAUACCUAUGUGCGGUGCACACGCUCAGUCUCUAUUCCAGCCCCUGCCUAUUAUGCCCGCCUUGUAGCAUUCAGGGCAAGGUAUCAUCUGGUGGAUAAAGAUCAUGACAGUGCGGAAGGCAGUCAUGUGUCAGGACAGAGCAACGGCCGAGAUCCUCAGGCCUUGGCUAAAGCUGUGCAGAUCCACCAUGAUACCCAGCACACAAUGUAUUUUGCCUGAGAGUCUCAGAAAAAGAACUCAACCAGUUUGGCGCCCCAUGCAGGCUCAAAAUGUUUCAAACGCCUACUGCCUCUAGAGAGAGCCAAGUUGACUUCAGGUGGUCUUCUACCAGCAACUCAGAAUAGUUGCACUGAAUCUAUACUUCGCAGCACUGUCUGAUGCAUCAACAAAAUUGAGCCAUUUUUUUAAAGUAAUAGAUACUCAUUGAUUAUCUUCUCUGAUGCACUGGACUGAAUUUUUACCUCAUCAUGCAAAGGCUAAUCAGCCUGAACUUUCUAAAGGACUUUAUGAGAAAGGUUUCUAUGGACUAUUUUGCUAGCUGUGGUGUUCACCGCAUCCCUCUAGUCUUACAAGAGAAGCUUAUUCCUUUUUUCUGUAUUCGUCGAGUGGGGUAUAUACAUAAAUGGGAGAGAAAAACCAAACAAUCUACUUCAGUUCAGUGUAACUAUUUAAUUGUGUGGGUCCAUAGGCUUUUUAAUGGAGAUUUCUGACUUCACCACUGUAAAUGCCUUUAACGAGCAUUAAUUUUUGAAAGUUUUACAGAGUUUUAUUAGUUUUACUACUUUAUCUAUUGAUCUCUACAGACUUGUGCUGGUGCAAGUACAGGCUGCCAGGCAAUUGCACUAUAUUUGGCUGCAGAUUCAGACAGGCAGUUCUCUUAUUUGGUUGACUUUUGUGAAUGUGUAACACAUGUAAUGCAUGUCGCGGUGACAGAUAACACUGCCAUGGUAAAAGUACUCAUGUUUCCCCCUCUUUGAAAAAAAUUAGCUUUUAGUAUUUUUCAGAGUUUUCAAAAGUGCCCAUUUUAUGCUGCUGUGUGGUUUGUUAGAUCUAAAUGAUUUUUAAACUUUUCUCAUAGCAAGUUAACUUUGGCAAUAAACAUUUUUUAAAGUCCCUCGUCUUCCUCCCCCUGACAGUGUAGUUUUUUAGAUGAGAUUUCGGUAUGAUUUUUAUCAGCUGUUUCUUAUAGAUGAUAAUCUGGCAAUUUCUGAAACUGGUCAGAAAAGACAUAUAUUUCCAUGCCUUUUUAAAGAAUUCUUUUUAUCUGUUUUAUAGUCACAGUUGGUGUCCUGUCACUUUGUUUUAAAAUAAGCUAGAACCAGGAUGCUUCCUUAUUGAAUAGGCUUUGCCAGUCCUUAAGGUACCUUGAGUGAUGCUGCAACUUGCAAAAAUGUACCAGCAUUUAAAACUUUAUUCCCUGGGAAUCAAGGUUACUCAUACAAUUACUUGUAGUGCAAAUUUUUUGCUUCUCUUUCAACCUGAAAUGUACUUGGUGGGGUUUCCUUCCUUUUAUUAAACUAAAACUGCACAGAAAAGGUUGAUUUUUCUUAAUAGAUUCUGGAUUCCGUUCACAGAGAGACAGGAUUCCUUUCUUGUCCAAACAAAGGGAGUUGAUCUAAAGCAAGCAUCAGUUAAAAUGUGGGGGAAAAGGUAUUUUGUAUUUAGUGUAGAUAAUACUUUGUGAAUGGACAACAGUUACAUAGAGUCUUGAUAGUUCCAGCCAGUGUUUCCCAGCCCAAAUUUUACUGACUUGGAAUUCUCUGUCCUGGAACCUCAGGAGUGAGAGCUGAAAGGAGGGAUAAAAGGCCCAGAGCCACUCCAUAUGGCUGAGGAAGGUGCUGGGGGAAGAGAUAGAUGCAGUGUAGUAAAACGGUUUUGCCACCUCUGUCUGGAAACUGCUGGUGGGGGAAACACUGGAUCUAACGGUGAAGGAUGUUGCUUGAACUCAUUAGCUGGUCCAAAUCUCUUAAACUAGCCUUCUCAAAAUCCCAGCAAUAUAAAGCACUGUUUUUCUUCAGUCUUUUAAACAAGCUUGUAAAUACAUUGAAGUUUACAUUUCCAUGUGCUGUUGAUCAGCGGCGCCACCAGUGUUUGCUGAGACUGGUCUCUGAGAGUUUUAUAAUGUAUAUGGAGUCUUAAAGCUCAUUAAGAUACAAGUGCAGACGUCCUUGUUCUCUUCAUAGAGUGGGAUGAAAGCAAGCUCUGUAAUUGAGGCACAAGAUAGGCAGGAGUGAAGGAGAUGGCGGAUGUUAAUUUCUUAAGAUUUUCCUUUUUUGCAAAUACCUCACUUGGACACUACAAAUCAGGACACGUUGGUGAGGGGCUGGCUGCUGCUUUUUAUUCACACUUGUUCAGGGAGAGCGCAGAAAAUACCCUUCAGCUUGGCCACCCUGGACGCAAGAGGAGGAAAAACGGAAGUUUUCUCUAGGAAAAGGAUGACUUGCUGGAGUCCAGGAUGUGAAGAACUCUUGGUGGCUGGCUGGCUGGCCAGUGGGCACCCCAUCUGCACUUGAGUGCCUCGGACUUGCUUGUUAAUAAUGCACAGAAGAAGCGUCACUUCUAACCAUCUCCUGGCAUGUAUGGAGCAGGGAGCAAGGCGGAGUGCCAGGAAGCCCUGACGUGCUUGCAGAUGGGCUAUACACUCGACCUUGAACUGUAGUUUGUAAGACCUCAGUCAGUCCUAGUGCACUGGGGCAAAUCAGUGUAGUGGUGGAGGAAAAGCCUGGAGGCCUAUUUUUAUAGGAAAACAGUACCUUUGAGGGUGUAAUGCUGCCGUUUUGGACAAAAGGAAAGAAAUAUAGAAGAAUUAGGAUUGUUGGAAAAAACUUGCUGAGCGGUGAAUCUUUGAGAGGUAAUUACUGCAGAAUACCAGUUGCAGCAAUACUUACUGCAGGCAGGUCUGAAUGCAUAGUUUUAAUUUGGCUUGACAAUUUGAACACGUUAACCCCUUGGGACUGGCUGAAUCAUUAUGCAUGUGUCAAUCAAUGGGAGGUGUGCAUUCUCUAGAAGUAGGUGUAGGCGGUUUGGUUUUUUUUAAUGCAGCCUGUUUAGGCACUGUCAUGUGGUGUGAAAGAUUUAAAUGUAGCAAUGCUAAAGAGUUAACAGUUUUGGGAUCAGGCACGGGGACAUUAAAAGAGUGGUGAAGAUCCAAAUGUUGAACCAAUUAUGUUUUGUUGUUGUUGUUAGCUGUAGAGUGAACUAGCUGCCCAGCAGUCUGGGCAGACAGAACAUAUUCAUUCUUACUGUAAAUUCUAUUUGCUGUUUCCAAAGGAGAUGAUUUACAAGCAGGCAUAUUCUAUAUGGUCUGUAUUUUAGGAUCUGGUGCCCAGCCUAUAUCAGAGCUUACCUACCUGGCUCAGCUACCUACCCUUCCUGUGGGAAAAGGUAAUCCACUGUUUAACCAGGCUCACCCUCUCUGCCCUGCCCUAGCAACCCUUUGUGGAUGUGCUGUAAGAUUUUCUUGCUCAAUAGCAAGGUGGUAGCUCUGCUUUCAUUUUAAGAAAGUGGAGGCUGAGGGCAUUGUAUCAAUACUGCUUCAACUCCAAGGAUUUUUCCUUGUAAAAUUAAAGGGAAGAUCUUGUUAUCGAUUAACCAUUUUCUUACCCCUUGCUAUUGACAUAUUCAUGCUCUUUCUAUGUCUAGUAGCUGAAAAAUGUUUGCACUUGUUCAUUUGACUCAUGGUGUCAUUUUUGUUUCUAUAUUGUUAGGCCUGUAAUGUUCUAAAAUGUAUUUUAUUAAAUUUGGACUGGAUGUAUGUCUCUAGCAAUACGAGGUACUUUCUAAACUAUUAAGGGAGGGGUGGUAUCCCCAAGUUGAGAUAAGAUGAUGGUUGUUUAAAUUUUGCAAUUUUUUUUUGGUCUGCAGGGAUAUUUUGUGUUCAUGUGUCCAUAAAAGAAUAAAUUGGCAUUCUUGUGCCAAACAUUGUUUUUCUUGUCAAUUGUCUAAUAAAUAUAGCGUAUACUGUAAUAGCAA